AUGUGUGACCGCAACUAUGACUGGGUGGGCUGGUAUCGUUUUUUCUAUAAUGGCAUGAACAUUCAGCUGGCCGAGCGCUGUAUAGACACGUGGACCGCAUGUGGCACUGCCGCCAAACUCUGGCUUAACGGCUCCCACCCACAGAUACAAGAUGGGGUGGUCACACUUCCAGUCUGUGCAGAAUGGACUUCUAAUUGUUGUGAAUACACUUCAGGCCCUGUUCGGGUCAAAGCGUGUCCAGGAGGUUACUAUGUUUAUGAGAUUACAAAACCAACCAGCUGCAACAGGGCUUUCUGUACAGACAUUGAUACAAUUACCCCUGCCCUUCCCCCUGUGACACCUGAGACCCUCACAACUACAACACCACCAACUGCUGAUCUCUGUGCUGAACUGACCUGUACAGAGGAUGAAUGGUGUGGGGAGAAAAACGGAGUCUAUGGCUGCUACUGUGAUGAGACUUAUGAUGAAACUGACUCUGAACCAUAUGACGCUGUUCUGUCUUGUCACAGUAGCUCAGGAACAAUCUCUCUGUCUCGCUGCCAGCUCCUUGAGGCUGGUUUCCCUGCCCAUGUGUUACACAUGAAUGAUCUCAGCUGCACAGGGACCAUCAGAGAUGGCAGAGUCAUAUUUCAGUUUGAUAACAAUAUGAGAAUCUGUGGAACUACUCUCACGACCAACAGCACACACUUCAUGUAUGAGAACUCCGUUCAAGGCUUAGUGGACUGGAGCAGAUUUCCUAUUAGUCGAGAAAGACAACUGAACCUUCGUUUUGAGUGUGCAUACCCGAUCAUCCAGACCGUUUCCAUGAAGGAGGACAUCAUCCCACUGGAGAGAAAUGUUAAUGUGGAGCUGCCAGCAGGUCAGGGGACGUAUCAGGUCCAGAUGAUUCCGUAUUCGGAUCCUGAGUUCUCACAUCCCUUCAAUGGGAGCGUGGAUGAGAUUGUGGAUGAGCGACUCUAUGUGGCAGUGCAUGUGGAUGGGGUUGAUAGCAGCCACGUCGCCAUGGUGAUGGAUACCUGUUGGGCCACUCCUCUGAGUGAUCCUGCCUACAAUAUCAGCUGGGACCUCAUUGUUAACAGAUGUCCGAACCCUGAGGAUAGAACAGUGGAGGUGCUGGAGAAUGGUGACUCCACAACUGGCCUUUUCUCCUUCAGAAUAUUUACAUUCAUGGGAGAUUUCUCUCAGGUUUUCCUGCACUGUAAAACUCACAUAUGUCUUCUCAAGGACAACAGCUGUACUCUGCCAUGUGAUCAGGCAUAUCACUUGAGAAGACGCAGGUCUGUGGAUGGCCAUGAGAGUGCUUCAGUUUCUUUAGGUCCACUGGAGUUCUCAGACAGAAACAAAGUAUCAGUAUCAGUAUCAGCUACAAGCGGUUCCCUUACUGACCCAUGCUACAACUACACAGCUCUGGACCAGACCUGGCGAGCAUCUAACAACAGUCUCCAUCAAAAUCUGUGUGACCGUGACUAUGACUGGGUGGGCUGGUAUCGUUUUUUCUAUAAUGGCAUGAACAUUCAGCUGGCUGAGCACUACAUUUCAUAUCCCUACACAUGUGGCACCGCUGUCAAGCUCCGGCUUAAUGGCUCCAACCCACAAAUACAAGAUGGGGUGGUCACACUUCCAGUCUGUGGAGACUUGACUUUCGAUCGUUGUUAUGACACUUCAAGCCCUGUUCGGGUCAAAGCGUGUCCAGGAGGUUACUAUGUUUAUGAGAUUAUAAAACCAAGCAGCUGCAGCUCGGCUUACUGUACAGGUCUGUUGUACUCAUAUCUGGAUGGUCUAGCAGCACCUGCUGCUGAUGAUGGCUCCACAACUGCUGACUUACAACAGCCUUUCAACUACUUUGGACGCAGCUAUAGUCAGAUACAUUCACUGUCAGUAUGA